AUGGCUCUCCUCCAAGCUCGGGUCAAGAGCAUCCUGUCAGGCGACACCUUGAUCAUCACCAAUGCAAAGGGCGCUGAACGAACCUUGUCUCUGGCUUACAUCAGUGCUCCAAGGUUGAAAAGAGAAGGUGACGAGCCCUUUGCCUUUCAGUCCCGCGAAUUCGUCCGCGAGCAGGUCCUCGGCAAGGUCAUUCAGUUCCAAGUCCUUUAUGCUAUCCCCACCACGAAACGUGAAUACGGCCGAGUCAGACUCCCCAACGGUGCCGAAUUGCCCGAUCUCAUCGUCCAAGAAGGCUGGGCUAAAGUGCGUGAGGAUGCCGGCAAGAAGGAGGACGACGAAGAUGCAUUGGCAUACCUUGACAAGCUGAGGUCGCUGGAGAGUGAUGCAAAAUCUCAGGGCAAAGGUCUAUGGGCCAAGGGCGGUCAGAUCGAGAACUCGUCCGAGGUCUCCGACCCAAAUGCCCUGGUUGAACAGUACAAGGGCAAGAAAAUCGAAGCUAUCGUUGAGAGGGUUCUGACGGGAGACCGCUUGAUUGCUCGUCUCAUGCUCACUCCCACCAAGCACAUUCAGACCAUGCUUGUCCUGGCCGGUAUACGAGCUCCCGCGACCAAGAGAACUACGCCGGAGGGGAAGGAGGUCCCGGCCGAGCCUUACGGCACCGAGGCACACUCCUUCGUGGACGAGAGGCUACAUCAGCGCAAAUGCUCCGUCGAGCUUCUUGGAGUGACGCCGCAAAAUCAACUCAUCGCAAAUGUCCUGCACCCCAAAGGGAAUAUCGCCAUGUUUCUGCUUGAGGCUGGUCUGGCUCGCUCGAAUGACCAGCACGUCACCUUGCUGGGCAAUCAAAUGGCCCAGUUUAGAAACGCCGAGAACGCGGCAAAGAAUGCCAGAAAGGGCGUCUUCACCGGUGUUGCGUCUUCCAAAGCUGCUGGAGUGCAGGAGGCGGAUUUUACAGUUUCGAGGAUCUUAAAUGCCGAAACAAUCUUUCUUCGGACCCGAUCUGGCGACGAACGCAAAGUAACCCUGUCCAGCAUCCGUCAACCAAAGCCUUCAGAUCCGAAACAAUCUCCUUUCGGCGCUGAAGCAAAGGAGUUCCUAAGAAAGCGACUAAUCGGAAAGCACGUCAAGGUGAGCAUUGAUGGCAAGAAGCCGGCUUCGGAAGGGUUUGAAGAACGCGAGGUGGCUACUGUGACGGUGGCCGGGAAGAACGUUGCUUUGGCCUUGGUGGAGGCCGGCUAUGCGUCAGUCAUCCGACACCGACGAGAUGACGACGAUCGCUCGCCCGAUUACGAUGCUUUGCUUCUCGCUGAGGAAUCAGCCCAAAAGGAUGCCAAAGGCAUGUGGUCGGACAAACCUCCUGCAGCAAAACACUAUCAGGAUUAUUCGGAGAGUCUCCAGAAAGCCAAGAUGGAAGCCUCAGUGCUGCAAAGACAGAAAAAGGUCCCAGCUGUGGUCGACUUUGUCAGAGCUGGUUCGAGAUUCGUGGUUCUCGUCCCCCGCGAGAAUGCAAAAUUGACUUUUGUCCUCUCCGGCAUUCGAACGCCCAAGCCAGCACGUCAAUCCGGGGAGGCCGCCGAGCCGUUUGGACAGGAAGCCUAUGACUUUGCCAACAGAAGAUGUAUGCAGCGUGACGUGGAGAUCGACGUUGAGGAUACCGACAAAGUUGGCGGAUUUAUUGGUACCAUGUACGUGGGGCGCGAAAAUUUCGCGCGGGCUCUCUUAGAAGAGGGCCUCGCCGAAGUUCAUGCAUUCUCAGCCGAGAAAAGCGGUCAUGCAAAUGAGUUGUUUGCGGCCGAGAAAAAGGCCAAGGAGGCUCGAAAGGGCAUGUGGCACGAUUGGGAUCCAAGCAAGGACGCCGAUGAAGACGAGGCUGUACCUGCUGGAGACGGUGCGAAUGGCACAAAUGGAGAGGGGGCUCAGCCACCUUCGAGAAGAAAGGACUAUCGCGAUGUGAUGGUGACUCACGUCGACGAGACCGGAAAACUCAAGGUUCAACAAAUUGGCGCUGGGACCGCAAGCCUGACAGAGCUCAUGAAUGCCUUCAAAUCCUUCCAUUUGAACAAAGCCAACGACCAACCAUUGCCUGGACCACCCAAGGUCGGAGAUAUCGUUGCUGCCAAGUUCACAGUUGAUGAUCAGUGGUAUCGAGCCAGAGUAAGGAGAGUUGACCGUGACGGGAAGAAGGUGGAUUUGACUUACCUUGACUAUGGCAACUCGGAAACCAUUCCCUGGACUCGACUCCGGCCUUUGACCCAACCACAAUUCUCCACUCAGAAGCUCAAACCCCAGGCGACUGAUGCCGUCCUGUCCUUCCUCCAGCUUCCGACUUCCGAGCAGUAUCUCCGAGACACCGUUGAUUUCAUUGCGGAGCAGACAGAUGGGCGAGAGCUGGUGGCGAAUGUGGAUUACAUUGCUCCGGAAGGGACGCUACAUAUUUCUCUGCUCGACCCGAAAGCGUCCAACAAAAUCGAUGAGAGCAUCAACGCGGAAGUCAUUCGAGAAGGAUUGGCCAUGGUUCCAGUCAAGUUGAAGGCUUGGGAAAGGCAAUCCGCAGACACAUUGGCAAAGUUUCGAGAGCUCCAAGAGGAAGCGAAGAAGGAACGGAGAGGCAUGUGGGAAUAUGGUGACCUGACGGAAGACUAG